AUGGACAAAUCGAGGAACUACCAAUCUGCCAUUCUGAAAUUCAGGAGGUGAAAAGGCUGAGCACCGUUACCAGUAUGAUUGGCACCAGCGUAAACCAAAUAUAAUCAUGGAUGCAGAAGCCGUCGCAGGAGGAAGCUGUGGGUCUGCAACCGAAAGAGGGGAAUCACUUGUGAUUACUUUGAUCUCGUCAUGGAUUUUCUUGCACAAGAUCGCUGCUGACUGCAAAGAGGAACUUGCAGGAGGAUCGGCCGGAACGCACCGUGCCGCGCGUUUUGCUCUUCUUCUUCUCCCUUACAGAGUUACAGCCGAACAAGAAGCCCAGGCAACUAACACACCCACCCUCUUGAGAAACGAAUAUUUCAGAUCUGCUCUGUUCCUUCCCCUCCAUCCGUUGCUCUUGGUUUGUGGGUGUGAAUUCUUCAGGUUUUUGAUCCCCUAAUUUCUCCUUCAAUUUCCGUCGGCUUCCCCCAACCCACCGCUCCGGUUUUGCUUGCUGAAUUUUCUGGUUCUUGAUUAUUCUGUCACACUAGCACUUGGAGUGAGUAUUCUGUGUUAUACGAUUGAGGAAGUGAAACCCGAGGCUUGGUUAACCAGGGGAACUGACGAGCUAAAAGGCUAGUCAGUAUUUUGGACUUAGAUCCUUUUUGGACUUAAGCCGUUAGUCACACAUGCUUGACAUAGAUAUAAAAUGAUUAAUCAUUUUUGUAUACUGUGUUUCCCUUGGUUAUAGCCAUAACUGUCUUAUAAACUUUUGUACAUCUU